AUGUCAAAACCUAAGCUUGACAGUGAUGGUUUUCAAAUAGUAUCUUCUAAAAAAUCAGCAAAAAUUAAAUCUACUAAGAUUCCUAGACAACCAGAGGAAUUUCUACACGAAUAUAGAUUAGAUCCAGAAAAAUCCUAUUUGCAAAUUUUGUCCGCUCUAGAGGUUUUAAAGGAUUCCCAAUAUCUAAAAGACCUUAUAAAAUCUGUUUGA